CGGAUGUUGUAAAGUUUCAACGCAUCCUUCAGUAUGUCCUCCACAACUACCAUUUGGAGGUGAAGAAAGUCAAAGAUGCGGCUCAAGGAGAGGAUGCAGAGGAAAUACCGCCUGGGAGACGGGUUGUUGACUACCAUGGACCUUGAAGCGAUGAACAAAGAGGAUUUUAUGACUAUAGGGGCCUUUGUUCAAGAAUUUAAGAAGAGGGCGCGGAAGGUCCAUGGGAUUUUGGAGGAAGCACAGUACGCCAUCUUCCUGGGGCUACUCACAGCAUCAGGGGCCGUCGAGUUGACAAGACAUGGAGAAGGUAGCACAAAGCUCACAUGGGCCACCAUUGACAGAGGGGUGGAAGUUGGGUGCUUGGACCAGGUGGAACAGCGUCAGGUACACUUGCAAAGACAGAAGAGAAAGGAAAGGGAUGCGACCGCUUCUGGGACCCUGGGAGUAACAAGGAUUGUUACAGACGUAUUGGCACAGCUAGGGUAUGCGACAGAGCAAGUGGUGCAAAGAAGGGUGGUGACGGUUGUCAAAGUAAAAGGAAAGGAGCCAGUAAUAGAGGAGGCUGGCCAGGAGGAGCUCUGGGAAGAGGAAGAGCCGGUGCCGCAGCACCUGACGAAGGUCCACCGCAAAGUGCGCUAUCCUAUCUGGCAAGCGCCGAAGGGGUAUGAAAGGAGGAAUGAGUUUGUCCUUAAGCCCUUUAAAGAAGAGGAUCCCUGGGGCGGUAAGGAUGUUCAGUGGAUGAUGGAAUUAUCGCUGGCCAACUCGCAUAGCCUGGUGGAGGAUAUGAGGACGAUUGAGGAAGGACCUGGCCAGGUAAAACGGCAUGCGGACUUGAUGGGAGGAAUGUAUCUCCUCGUCAAUACGUUAUUGCAGGAAAGCCUAGACCAGUCAGGCUCGUUGAACCCGGCAGGGAAUGUGGACGAAAUACCCGAGAGCCAGGACGACGAGUUCGAAGAAAGGGAAAUUAAGGAGGCUUUUUGUGCAGAGGAGUACGACGGGAUCUACCUAGAGCUGGGGCUUCUUCUGUCAUGUGAAAUGCGGCUAAGAGAUGCGAGCGAUAGGGCUCAAAGGAUGCUGCAGCGCUACUUAGUGCGAGACGGUCACCUUUUCGUGAGAAGGGAAGUGGGGAAUCCCAGGAGGGUCGUCUGCGGUAGGAAUCGUCAGAUCGACGUCGUAGCAGCACUAAACGAUGGUAUUGCAGGAGGGCAUCGAGGGGUACAAGCCACAUAUGCCAAGAUAAGUGAGUUGUACUACUGGGAUGGAAUGAUGGACAUGGUCGGAAAAUUCUGUCGAUCUUGUGUACCCUGCCAGGAGAGAGCCCGUUUAAGGCAGGGAGAGCCGCUGCAUCCAAGGUUAGAACGAGAGGUAGGGGCCGUAGUGCAUCUCGAUCUGCUUUUUAUGCCACUUGGGGAUCAAGGCUAUAACUAUAUCUUCGAUGCGCGCGAUAACCUGUCUGGGUUCGUGGACGGGCGUGCUAUUCGCACAAAGACCGGGUCUGACUUUACGAACACAGCCAUGCCAAGAGGAGGGAAGGGGACRCGGCCGCCUCAGAGGCCGUUGGGCGCAUCAGGAGGAUAUGAGCGGCAUGGGCCUCGCCAACGAGAGAGUACUCCGGUCUACAAUGAUGGGGACAUCGAGCUAUUCCUGGACAGUUUCUGGGAGCAUGCGAGGCGUAUGGGCUGGACCGUCGCUCAGGCGAUUGAGAGAUUGAGGGGAGCAGAUAGGUUCGAAGAGCCCAUUGCCAGGAUUCGUAGGGAGGCGACGACGAGGCAGGAGGUGGAGAUAAGGAUGGAGGAGUUGCGACCCUCGCCUGUGGGACCUAGUGGCAGGCCGAUCCGCCUGGAGAUUGGAAAUGCGUCGGACUUCAUCCCCACGUUUGAGUGGUUCAUGCAAGAGCAGGGCAUACAGAGAGAUGAUUGGAUGCAGACACUACCACUCUGGACCAGGAAGGCGGAAAGGCCACUGGCUAUGCAGAUCAGGGACAUGGCACGAGAUUGGGAAAGCUGCAGGGCACAUUUGAGAGAGGCCUUUCGACGGCCAGAGCUCCCUCAGCCCAGAGUCGAGAGGCGGCAGAGGAGUCAGAGGCCGAGGGACCCUGAGCCCAGGAAGGCGAGACCAUCUCGAGGAGGACGGAAGACCCUAGCCAGGAGAGAGCAGGAGCCAGAGGAUGAGGAGCGAGGGGCAUACCCUAAGUGUGGGUUGGGGCCAGUGGAGUUCCAUCGUUUUACUGAGGGUGGAUUGAGGAGGUCGCCAGCACACACACAGGGGGAGCCACCAGCGUUAGAGGGGCCCUUGAGGGAAUUGGAGAUGCAUUUAGAUAUUUCUCGGUGGAGGGCGUCGCUUCAGGGUGAGGGGCAUGGAGAGCGGGCAAAGGAGGUGCCACGAGAGGAGGUACCACAGGAAGAGGUCCGGGGUACUCAGCGAGAGAGAGGGCUGGGCAAUGAGGGGAGACAUGCAGGGAAAGAAGUGAAAGAGGUUGAAGAGGACACGCCCCCACAGACGCCAGCAGUGGGUUUGAGACUCGGAGAUGCACCAGGGAGCACCCGGCCGACAAAUGAGGGGUUGCAGAGAAAGGAGACCCCUUUACCUUCGUCAGAAAAGGCUCCUUCGCCAGAAGAGAGGGCAGCUGUAAGGAGAGAAGCUUUGAUCCUGAUUGAUAGGCACCUAGCAGCUCAUGCCCUGGAGCACYCAGACCUGGAGGAGCCAGCACCUGCAGAGCCACGCCAGGAGUCAUGCCAGCCCGAGAAGGAAAUGGAAGCAGAAAUCCCAAAGAGGGUCGACCUCCGCACGAAGGAAAGGAUGCAAGCUGGAGAGACGGCUGAAGAAAAGAGGGCAAGACGAACCAAGCGGAUAGAUGAGAUAUGGCAGGAGAGACAGAGGUUGGAGGCAGCAGGGGAGCUCCCGGAGCAGCAGCAAGAGAGGCAGAGAUCGGAGGCACCAGGAGCACUCCCGGGUCAGCCGCCCAGCGCACCAACUAGGGCCCCAGAGAUUCCUAAGAUAUGGAGGGACUUCUGGGAGCAAAGAGGAGAGGAGUUUCCAUCGUCAGUCAGAGCCGGGUUUUUGGUGGCCAGGAAGGCGGAAGAAAGGUUAGAUCGUAAAAUCAAGUUCCUGGCCAAUACCACUUUUGACCGACACUUGUUAUUGGAGGGCGAUCUGACGGGGAAGAAAAUAAAGAAAGCCAGCCAUGGAGUACGUCUGGAGGCUAUGGAGAUGGAAAUUCAGGAAUUUAGGGCUUUGGUGGCCAGCCAGGCAGCUAUUAUUGAGAGCCUGAGAGUUAUCCUGGAGCCAGAGGAGGCGAGAGCCCAGAGACAGGCAGAGAGAGCGGCGUUCGAGUUUAGAGCCCCUACUGAGCUCGCGACGCUGCCGGUGGCGGCGGCAGGCCCGGUCGUACCUUUGGCAGUAGAGGAGGGGCUGCCACCAUCUAGCAGUGAGUCGGCUCAGGGCUCAGCAGAGGGAUCUAUGGGCGUGCUCCUUGAGGCGGUGCAUGAUAUGCAGGAGGAGGUGAGUUUGUUUUCACCUGAGCAGAGGAUAGAGGAGCCUCUUGAGAGAGAGAUGGGGAUUGACGAGGAAGGUGUCAUCGAGGGCAGACUCCAGAGGAUAGGCACACCUGAGUAUGGACCAGAGGAGAUUGAGGAGCAGCCCACGGCAGUGGCAGGGGCAACACUCGAGAGGAGGCCUCAGAGGUUGGACAUGCACGAGUACGUCCCAGCGACAGAGGAUUUGAGAGGCAGGCUAGGAUCUUGGGCUACUGGAUCUGGGUCUGGUGGACCGGUUCCUGUGAUAGAGCAGCAGGAGGUCGAUAGUACCGCAGCUCCUCAAGCAGAGCAGCAGGGGGUUGUCAGUACCUUGGUGGGAUCUCCUUCAUCGCCACCUCCUCAACCCAGGAAGAGGAAGUUCAAGAGAAAGGUAGAUCAACUAUGUUUUUACUGCAAAAGGGACGUGCAUCUGGCUUUGGACUGUCUCGAGUUUCUUGAGGAUAAGGCAGCAGGGAAGAUCUUAGAGGUAGGGGGUAAAAUGUAUGAUAGACAGGGUAGGAUAAUAGAGAAGUCCGCAUAUGGACUGAGGGCUCAGUUAUAUAGGCAAAACCAGGAGGAGUUGAGGAGGUAGGGCUCGGUUUUGUCUAUAUAAGUGAGCGAGCAUUUUGUGGGGUAUCAACUUAGGCUC